AUGGAGCGGUUCGAGCGUCGACGCGCGGAGCUCCUCCGAGACGCGGAGGCGGACCGCGCGCGGAGGGAGAGGCGCGAGGAAGCCGCCGCGGCGAUGGCGCGCGUGAGCAACAUCGUGUCGUGGACGGACGCGCUCUUCGGAGGCUCCUCGCGGACGGCCAAGGCGAAGGACGACGACGACGACGCCGCCACGCCGCCGGCGUGCCCGCUGCCCGCGGUGUACGUCAACGCGGAGCUGUUGCGGCUGCCGCCCGCGGCGUCGCGGAAGGAGGGGAACGAAGUCGGAAGCAACGCGUGA